AUGAGCAAUUGCCGCGAAGGUUUAGUGGAUUUGGAUUUGACAACAUUUUAUUUGAUCGCAUGGACUCAUUCUGAGUUCCUUUGCCGAAACUACAUCCUCAACUGCCUUGUCGACUCACUGUACGUUGUGUAUAGCAUGAAGAGAACGGCUAAGGAGCUGUGGGAGUCCCUGGACAAGAAAUACAAGACGGAGGAUGCAGGGGCCAAGAAGUUCAUCGUGGGUCGAUUCCUGGACUACAAGAUGGUUGACUCCAAGACGGUGAUCAGCCAAGUCCAGGAGCUUCAGGUGAUCUUGCACGAGAUCCAUUCGGAAGGGAUGGUUAUGAAUGAAACCUUCCAGGUGGCAGCUAUCAUUGAGAAGCUGCCUCCCGGCUGGAAGGAGUUCAAGAACUACCUGAAGCACAAGCGGAAGGAGAUGAAUGUGGAGGAACUCAUAGUCAGACUUCGCAUCGAAGAAGAC